CUUCUUCUUCUCUCAACCCUCUGUCCUUGGGCUGCAUUCUCCUUCUCGCCCCCUCUCCGUCUUCCUUCUCCAGGUCGGAAUUUGUCCCGGACCAGUGGAUAAUCCCCCUCCACGUUGAGAACCUGGACCUGCUAAGUAAUACCUACCAAAGUCGCCGCCGAGUCUGUACAGCACAACGCCGCAUAGCAAACCACGAUGGCGUCGCCGGUAGCCUCCGCGGCCCUCAAAUCUCGUGUCCUGAGGUCGUCUAUGCUGAAGAAGCUAUGUCACCCCCAAGACCUGCUUCAUCACUUCCCCAAUGGCGCCUACAUCGGCUGGUCGGGCUUUACGGGCGUGGGCUAUCCCAAGAAAAUGCCCACCUUCCUAGCAGACCACGUGGAGAAGAAUAACCUCCAGGGCAAGCUGCGAUACACGCUCUUCGUCGGCGCAUCCUCCGGGGCCGAGACGGAGAACCGAUGGGCAGAGCUGGAUAUGAUCGAGAGGCGCAGCCCCCACCAAGUCGGGAAAGCCAUCGCGAAGGGCAUCAACGAAGGGAGAAUAAAGUUCUUUGACAAGCAUCUGUCCAUGUUCCCCGUCGAUCUGGUAUACGGGUUUUAUACGAUGGAGCGGCCGAGCAACAAGCUCGACGUGGUGGUGGUGGAGGCAACAGACAUUAAAGAAGAUGGGAGCAUCGUCCCCGGCGCAUCCGUUGGCGCAACCCCCGAACUCAUUCAACUAGCCGAUAAGAUCAUCAUCGAAGUCAAUACAUCGUUACCCAGCUUCGAGGGACUUCACGACAUCACGAUGACCGAUCUGCCCCCGAAGCGGAAACCCUAUCUAAUAAUGGGAGUUGAGGACCGCAUCGGGACGACGUCCAUCCCGAUCGACCCGGAAAAGGUGGUCGGACUGAUCGAGUCCGACUACCAGGACCAGACGACGCCGAACACGCCUGCCGACGACACGUCACGCGCGAUCGCAAACCACCUGAUCGAGUUCUUUGAGCACGAGGUGAAACAGGGUCGCAUGCCCAAGUCGCUCCUCCCCCUGCAGUCGGGCAUCGGCAACAUCGCGAACGCCGUCAUCGGCGGCCUCAGCGAGUCAAACUUCUGGAACCUCAAGGUGUGGACCGAGGUCAUCCAGGACACCUUCCUCGACCUGUUCGACUCGGGCCGGCUCGACUUCGCGACGGCGACGUCGGUGCGGUUCUCGCCCGAGGGCUUCAAGCGCUUCUACGACAACUGGGAGUCGUACCACAACAAGCUGCUGCUGCGGUCCCAGCAGGUGUCGAACUCGCCCGAGAUCAUCCGGCGCCUCGGCGUCAUCGGCAUGAACACACCAGUCGAGGUGGACAUCUACGCCCACGCGAACAGCACAAACGUGAUGGCCAGCCGGAUGCUCAACGGGCUCGGCGGCUCGGCCGACUUCCUGCGCUCGGCCAAGUACAGCAUCAUGCACACGCCGUCGACGCGACCGUCGAAGACGGACCCGCACGGCGUCAGCUGCAUCGUGCCCAUGUGCACGCACGUCGACCAGACGGAACACGACCUCGAUGUCAUCGUAACCGAGACGGGCUUGGCGGACGUGCGGGGCCUGAGCCCGCGCGAGCGAGCGCGCGUCAUCAUCGACAAGUGCGCCCACGACCAGUACCGGCCCAUCCUCAAGGACUACUUCGACAAGGCCGAGUUCGAGUGCCUGCGCAAGGGCUGGGGCCACGAACCGCACCUCCUGUUCAACGCGUUCGACAUGCACAAGGCGCUCCUCGAGCAAGGCAGCAUGAGAAAGAUCCAGAAAUGGUGAGAAAUACCUAGCUGAAUGCACCUGCAUAGCGAAGGCGAGCGGGGGCGGGGUUUUUCACAUAGAGGAGCGCGCCGGCGACAUGGACAGAGGAAUAAGGCAGAGAGGCAAGGAGGCAGGCGAAGAUUAUUAUCUACCUAAUAUAAAAAACGUACCAUGGAUUCAAUAGAAGAAGACGGAUGGCCGGAUCUUCUCUUUCGGGCCAUCAUAUCCUCUAGCAUCAGAGCCAGGUUCCAGUACCUACUUAUGUAACGCCGCU